AUGGUCUUCGUUUUUCAAAUACAAACAAGCCUAUCUGUUGCUAUGAAUGUUUCUAGAGAUAAUCUUUUGUACGUGCCUCUCAACAUCGAGUCUUCAGAUCUGCCGGACACUGGUUUGAACAGCGAUCGUCAUUUUCAAUUGCACAUGAGAAACUCGAUUGAUCCCAACGAUACCAUUGCAAUAAAAGUUGCAAAAUUGUUUCUCGAGGUCGAAGAAAACAAAAGAAUUCAAUUGGAUACUGGCAUUCAACAGAUCAAAGCAUUCGAAGAACAACAAGCAUUUCAAAAAUUAAAAGAAUUAGAAAAACAAAAAGAAGAACAUCAAGAACAAACAAGAUUGGCCAAAGAACACGAAAAAUUAAUCGAAAAGAAAAUUCUCGAUAAACGCGAAGAAUUAAAAAGAAAAUAUGGCUCAAAAUGA